UUAAAGUGGCAACACCAGUGAACAGCUGUUCAUGACGAUCGAUAGAUGUCGGUGGGUGUCGCUUUAUUUUCGAUGCCGUAUAGAAUAUAACUAUAUCAUAACGGUAUCCGUAGUACGAUCGUUUCAGUGUCUACGGCCCUUUGAUGCUUGCGGAGAAUCAGAUUUUUUUGGAUAAAAUUAUACGUAUUGAUGGGUGAAUUCGGUGCGACAAUGACGUAUAAUGACGCAGUGUGUAAAUUUUUCGGGAACUCUAAAUUAAUUCACCUCAACGACCGAAAUAUUCGAGAUUCAUAAUAACAUUAUGUGAAAUAUCGUAGCUGGAUACGAUUUUGUGUUUGUUUUCGGUGUUUCGGUGGUAACGAUGGCCAGCACUCCGAGUAUAGAGACACAAAUAGACAGCUUCUUAGAACAGUUCAAGAGAAGUGCCUCGAAGGCCAUGGAGGAAAAGAUGGAGUGGCCCGACGGUCCAUCUCCAGGUUCCAUGGUGAAAUCGCGUAGCAGCUGCUUCACGUUGGAUUCUUCUUCGGGUGAAGCAGAAUGCGACGGCUGCGGCAGCGACAACGAGGAGGGGCGCAGCGUGGGCGAGCUUCUCUUGCCGCAGUAUGUGCUGGCCACGGGUGGACUGGCGCGCGACCACCGCCCGCUGGUCACCUUCCCCGACAACAACAACUUCCACAUGCUCACCGCCGCCGAGUACCGCCGCCUUCUACUCUACCUCACCUCUGUGCCCUCAUUAUUGGAAGCAGAAAUGGGGUUCCACAUAAUAGUCGACCGAAGAAAAGAUAGAUGGAAUUCUGUUAAAGCUGUGUUACUUCGAAUAUCGGAGUUCUUUCCAGGCAUCAUCCACGCAGUAUACGUUCUCCGACCCGCGAGUUUCCUCCAGAAAGCGCUAUCUGAAGUUAGCAGCAAGCUGUUCAAAGAAGAGUUCCGGUUUAGAGUGCUAGUCUGCUCGUGCUUGGAGGAACUGUAUGAACACUUCGACCGCUCGCAGUUGACACCUGACCUGGGCGGAGACCUCCAGUAUUCACAUUCGGAAUGGAUACAGCAGCGAAUUGCUUUGGAGAAGUUCUCAACACUGAUGAAGGAGAUAUCGAGUAAGCUGGACGACUUUAUGCGCGAAAUAGUGGACUGCGAUAUGGGCAACGAUCCUACACAAACCAAAGAAUUGUUAGACUCACAAGAAUAUAGAUAUAAAGCUUUAAAAACCGAACUUUCUUCAGCGACGAGUCAGGGCGAGGAGUUGCUGUCGCAAGUGCGCAAACCAAAUCUUAAUUAUAAUAUUAUUAGCCAUGUUGCUGCUGUUGAAAGGUUACUUGUACAACUCGAUGAGACUGAAAAACAAUUCGACAAUUUUUGGCAGAAACAUUCCAUGAAAUUAAAUCACUGGUUGAAAUUUAGAACAUUUUUAUUAAACUUUAAACAAAUGCAGGCUACUUUAGAUGGUCAUUUAAAGACAGCAUGUGAUAUGACUGAAGUCGGUGAAACGGCAAACAGGGUUGAAAGCCUUAUUGCAGAAGCUAACGACUUUGAAAAGCUGUGCAACUGCGAUCUCAACUCUGCUUCAUCAGUUAUAGACGAAGGAGAAAUAUUAAUGAAGGACCCUUUGAGUUCAGUGGACCACAUAGAAUCGAAAUGCGAGGAAUUAAGACGAACGAGUUCAUUACUUAUGGAUAAAAUACAAAAACGAAAUCUGCUACUUACCAAAGCUAGAGAAUUAAUGGAUAGGAUAGAUAAGGCAAAUGACUGGUGCGCGACGGGCGUGGAGAUAUUAGCGGGCGAAGGAGGUCUCAUAGCGGUGGAUAAACUGCUGGAGGAUGCAAAGAGCUUCGGGCUCGCGGCGCCCGAGCAGUUCCGAGAUAUGCUCAUGCAGAGUGCUACUCAGGAAACCAGGGCUCUAGUCACACAGGUGUGCCAGCGAGUAGAAGACGUCUGGCUCAUGGUGUCAGUCAAGCGGGCGUCCCUCGUCCGCGCCGCGGCCAAGCCCGCCCGCCCCGUGCAGUCCGUACCUCCACACAGCGCAGCUCUGCCCGUGCUGAAUAACCACCAGAUGGAGACGUCAGGAGGGUCAGAGAGUUCGGGCGGCGAAGACGCAGAGGCGCGGCGGUCGCGGCGGGGUCACGUGCUCGCCGAACUGCUGCAGACUGAACGGGUUUACGUGCAAGAACUUGGCUCUAUACUUACCGGUUAUAAAGAAGAAUUAGAAAAACCGGAAAAUCAACACGUUCUACCAGCAGGUCUGGUUGGACAGACAGACGUGUUAUUCGGCAACCUACACGAACUCUUCACAUUCCAUCAAGACGUAUUUCUGAAAGACUUGGAACGAUCAAUUUCGGCCACCGAACUCGUCGCGUUGUGUUUUGUUGAAAAAAGAGAGACAUUUUUCCGCCUGUACAGCUACUACUGCCAGAAUAUCCCUCGUUCAGAGCGGUUACGUGAGACGUUAGUGGACACUCAUCUCUUCCUGCAGGCUUGUCAACAGCGGCUGGGACACAAACUGCCGCUUGCUGCAUACCUUCUCAAACCCGUGCAGAGGAUUACCAAAUAUCAAUUAUUGCUUAAGGAUUUGCUUCGCUACAGCGAGUGUGGGUCGAUGAGCGCGGGCCUGCAGCAGGCGCUGGACUGCAUGCUGGUGGUGCUCAAAUGUGUCAACGACUCCAUGCAUCAGAUUGCCAUCACCGGCGUUCCUGUGGACCUUAAUCAGCAAGGCGAGCUACUGUUACAAAGUUCAUUCAUGGUGGUGACAGAGAACAAACGCGACCUCCGGCUCAGGAUACGGCCGCGACGCCGACAUAUAUUCCUCUACGAAAAGGCCAUGCUGUUCUGCAAGUCUGGCACCAAGAACAGUCACAACAAAGCCACUUAUCACUUCAAACAUGAUCUCCAAAUGUCACAAGUGGGUCUAACAGAGUCCGUAAAGGGCGACCCGCGUAAAUUCGAGGUAUGGCGCCAGGGCAGGUCGGAGGUGCACACGAUCACGGCGCCCACGGUGGAGGUGAAGCGCGCGUGGGUGGAGCGCAUCAAGCGCGUGCUGCUCGACCAGCUCAACGAGCUCAAGGGCGAGCGAGUGAGGCAGUAUGGCGCACAGCAGCACCAUAGAACACUAAUACAAACGAGUUCGUGGGACCUGGGCCCGGGCGGGGGCGCGCGCGUGGGUGCGGUUGGCGGGGCGGCACGCGCGGCGUCGGUGGACGCGCACGACGAGCCAUGCUGGUCCACCGACCCCUCCGACGACGACGACGACGAGCCCGAACACGCGCCGGCGGUGGGGUGUCCGCUGGUGGCGUUGUCGGACUACACGGCGGUGGGCGCGAGCGAGGUGUCGCUGCGCGAGGGGCAGCACGCCGACUUGCUCAAGGUGGGCUGCGCCGGCUGGUGGUACGUGCGACUUGCAGGUGGUCAAGGCGAAGGUUGGGCGCCGGCGGCCUACCUGGACCAGCGCAAGACUUCGCGCUCGUCGAGUCGAUCGCACGACCGGUUGCACGACCACUGAACGCGAUACUCUCGCGAGAUGAGACUCUUCUACAUGCACGGCACUUAAUACAGUUCGCGUCAGGAAAGUUGAAUAAGUGACCAGUUACUGCGCGGUUCCAAUUUUCUUCACAGACUUGUAUGUUCAGAUUUGUGUAAAGCAGGGCUUGGAAUCAGUUUCGAAAACGGUUAAUAUUGUUAAUGAAACCGUUAUUCUGUUCAUCGAUUAACCGGUCAAUAAAAAAACGGUUUAUAUAAGUUAAACAGAAUUUUAAGACUUGCGCUAAGCGAAGCGACCAGAAUAAAUCGGUUUUACAAAAAAAAAAAUCACACCCGUCCGCUGUUGAUUAAAUUGUCUUAACUUCUAUUAACCGGUUAAUUUGACGACCGAAUAGGAAAUUGUAAUGAAGCUGUUUUCUUAUCAACCGGUUAAAAUAUCAGUAAUUGAAACCUAACCACAAUUAUUACUGGUUCGGGAUCAAUGACUGAAACCGGUUUGGAAAAUUAACCGAUUUCCGAGCCCUGGUGUAAAGUCCCUUGGAUGCGUUGGCCCGACACGCUCGGCGAAAAUUUGCUGCGAGCGGUUAGCGUUGGCAGUUUGUUUACUAGCGUAAUGUAUGUAGGUUUAGAUGCACAUAUGAAAGGAUCUUGAUGAAAUUCGCGAAUAGCGUGGCCAGCACUCUCCCAGUGCAUGGGGAUAACGUGAAGUGGUUGCUCCAGAGAAGAAUUGACACCACUUUUCAGUUGUGAAGCUUAGUUGUAGGCGUUGAACUUGUAAAAUCGAAUGAUUUUUUUCAACCUAUGUGGUGGAAUAGCUAACUGCUUGCGAUGGAUGUGUUGUAAAAUUUCGAUAAACGCGUAAGAACUUCGAGUUCAAAAUCUUAAAAGUCGAUGUGUAAUUGUUGCUAGUUGGAUUGCAUUUAGGAUUAUUGAUUGUGGGUUGUAAAUUGUUUGUUUAGUGAAUCAAAUGUUGUAUGAAAGUUUUUUGUUCUGGAUUCUGAUACGUAAUUUGCUGUUUUUGAAUUGGUGCUUAAAUUAUGAUGACGUAUUUUUUUUACUGGUGCUAAAGUUUAAUCUUUACUAGAGUCACCACUUAAAAAAAAUUAAAUUUUUAUCUGUUUCAAAUAACGGCUUUUUAAUUGCUGUUUUUAUUUGGUAUCAUAAUAAUUAUGCGUUUUUGAAUUUGUGAUUAUGGAUGUUUGUGUGGAGUAAAUGUAGUAGAAGUAUUAGGUAUGUAGCGCCUAUUUCACCCCACUUGUUUGUUAAUGUCAAACAAAUGUGUCAGUUUUGUUGUGCAUAAAAUUUUAGCCUACACUGACCGGACUGAAGGUACUUGGUACUUACUGAGGAACUUUUCAAAAUGUCUUCGAAAAUAGUGACUAAUUUAUUCCUCCAAAUAAUAUAACGAUUUAUUCAGAAUAUAUCAUUAUUAUUAUUUUAACCUUCUUAUUGGGAGACUCCGAUGGUAGAGUUAAAUGGAGAAACUUUCUAAAAACUUUUAUAAAAACAGAUGAUUUUAAAUUAAAACAUCUUUAUCAGUAUAUAAUCCGCAAAAAAGCAUAGAAUUUAAGCCCUGUUCAAUUUAGUCCAAAAUUUUGUGUGCAACAGAAACGACGUCCAGUAACAUUGUUAAAAUGUAUGUAAAUGUUGUUCUAAAAAGCUUUAUUGUAAAUUAGUGUUAGAGAUAGAUCGUUAUAUUUACGAUUCGGAGUAUCCAAAGCUAUUGUAUAGUGACGUAGGACGUAGCGGAGGAGUUGGUAGAAUAUUUUGAGAGGAUACCUACUUGAUAAAAGCUAAAAGUGGCAGACUGGGAAAAGAAAAUCUCUACGGUCUACAAUUUAAAUGACAGUCAAUAUUGUUUGCAAAUUCUCAAAACUCACUAGCAUAAGCAAUCUCAUAAAAUGCGUUUCAGUUUGUUUCAGUCAACUGUAAUAUUUCAUCACAUUUUCAUUGGGGAAAAUCUUUUCCUGCUUGAGAUUAAAAAUAUAGGACGCUUAUUAUAUGGUUUGACGUCCUAGAAUCGUAUUGUAGGUUUAAACAGAUUUUUAAUUACUAAGCAUACAUAUAAUAAAAUCUUUCAGCUUUUAUCAAACACCAUCUCAAAAUUUCCCACGAGCUCUUGGAACAUUGUUGAAAGCAGCCGUGACUGUAAUAUUUU